ACGACAAGCCUACGUAAGGUAGUUGAAAUGAUUCGAAGCCGGAAGAAUACGUAAACGGGAUCCAUCUUUCGUACAUGGGAAAUCAAGACACGAAACGGUAUAGGAUACAUUCGACGCCUUUUUUUGCAACUGCCGAGAACCAUUGGAUUGUGUGACAUAUAUCAAGAUGAAAAAGAAACACAAGAAAGAUAAAAAGGCGAAAAAGGAAAAGAAGGACAAAAAGAACAAAGAAAAUGGAUAUUCGAAAGACGAUUUGUAUCUCUUUGAACUUAACGAUGUUCACAGUGCUAGUACUCCAAAUAUUAAGAAUCUACCGGAGGAGAUUGUUCCACUAAGGCCAGCCCAGCGCUCAAAAAGUCUCGAUGAGCUCAGGGAAGAGGCACAAGAAGUAACAGACAUUAUGAUGGACAAUGUCGUUAAAAUUAGAGACAGGGAAGGCAAACUCGACGAUCUCUGUGAAAAGGCGGAGAGCCUGAACGCCUCGACUGAGAUGUUCCAGAGGACCUCUGUGCUAAUACGAAGAAAACAAUGGUGGAGAAAUAAGAAAAUGACUGUUUUGCUAAUUGUUGUAGGUGCUUGUUUCCUAGUUCUUUUAACUGUAGUCAUAACACUUAGUGCCUCAGGCAGUAUUUAGCCUUAUCCGUCAUGCUACAUCACACAUUAACAUUUCCAUAUUGUUUGUUACCUAUAAAAGAUGUCAAAAUAAAAACAGAUUAUUUAGACAUUUAUUGUACAAAAACUCAAUGCUUUUCCUGUAUUGAUCACGGCAGACAUUUCUUAUACGAUUUGGCCCCAGUAGCAAUAAGAAUGAAAUCCCUUCAGUUUAAGGGCGUUUAUGAUACCGGGCCAGAAGAUUUACGUUAUGAAGAGUAGUAUGAUACCCUCUGUACCCGGUGACGUCAUAGUGAUAGUAUUGACCUUCUAGGGUCAUUUUUACUCAGUGUUGAUUUAUUCGUUACAAUGUGUUCAUCGAUUGUUACGAUUCACUCAAAGCUGGUUCAGUUAUUAUGUAAGUUAACAUUUGUACAAUAGUAUGUAAAUGUUGUUUUUAUAUAUGAUUACUGUCUUUUCAGACGAGCAACAACUUCAUUGUGUCAUUUGACACUUUAAGGCUUGCUGAACAUUAUAUGAUGUAUUGAGUGGCUGUGAAGAUAUUUUAUUAUUUUUUUGUCGAGAAUACAGCCUCUAAGUGUUGAUUAUUCAUUAAUAAUCCAAAUUAAUGAGGAACAAAAAAAGAUUUGAUUAUUUUUUUUAAAGAUAAUUGGAUCACUAGUUUAGUUUGGUCCAAAUACAAUAUGAUGGUGUGUCUUGGUGUAACAUUUGAAUGUAGUUAAAACUUAAUGUUUAGCUGUUUGCCAUUUCAAAUUUAGUGAACAAGUGAAUGUUUAUGGUACAAUUCAUGAUUUAACACGUUUAAAGAACCAAAAACCAAGCAAACUUAAUUUGUUAUCUUAAUAUUUUUGUUCUUUGCUAUAAAAGACACAUUUUUCUUUAACUAUUGAUGCUAAAUGACUCAUUAAAAGUUCCAACCUGAGAAACUAUAGUACUCAAUGGGUUUUAUUUUUUUAAAUAUUUAACGUGAUAGUUAGAUUCCAUGUGAUAUGAAAAAUCAAGUAUAGCAAUGAACUAAGCAUGCUUUAAUGGGUAUCAAUAUGUAACGGACCACGCUACAUGUACGUGUAAUUGUGUCACAAACUUUUUUUUAAUAAUUAUUUAUCUUUUUAAACUUUUAAACCUUUGUAUAAUAUACACAAAAGCAGCAUAUGUUGCCAUUGUAAAUAUGAAAUAAAAAAUGACAUUUUAUAAACUAUAUAAAUCGGUUGGUUAUGUUCUAUAAUGGAAUGAUUAGCUGUCAUAAAAGAAAGAAACAUUUCCAUCGGAGAACUAACUGUGUAGACAGCGAUUCGACACGCCUUUCAUGCAGUCAAAUAUUUGUGGUAAGCGUAGGAUGGGUUACAUAACCUCUAUUAAUUUCUUUCGCUAACAUGAUAUCACGUGGUUGUCUGGUAUGAUUAUUCUCAGGCAAUACCAUUUUAUUUGCUUGUUUCAUGAUAGACAUCUCCAAUUUUGCCUGACAUCGAGUACAGACACCGACACAUACUUUGAACUUAGGGGGUGUCUCGAAAUGUUAAUUAAACAAAAUCUUACGUUAUAAACAGGUUUUGAUGUCGCAAACAUGAUGUAUAUGCACAUGUGUGAUAGCAGUGUUUUUGCAAUGUACCUUAAUCCAUAUAUGUAGUGCAUACGUGGGUGAAUGUGUACAUUUCUAAUAAACAUACAUGCGAAACCGAA